AUGCACACAGAAAAAGCCCAAACCCCUCCAAGUGGCGAACGGCCACCUUCCCCUGACACUUACUUAUUCGGUCUUUACGCGGACCAAGAAGCGCUGCAUAACGGCCAUGGUGGACAUACACCACCGCCUUUCUCGACGCUCAGCAGCUUCAUCUACUUUCCUGCGCUGACGCAGCUUGCCGAGUCGCUGUCGGUGUCGAUCGACGCCAUAAACCUGACCAUAACCUCGUACAUGGCCGUCGCCACCGUCGCCCCAACGCUGCUAGGUGAUGCGGUCGACGUCCUGGGCCGGAGGCCGGCUUGCGUGUUUUCACUGAGUCUCUACGUGGUCACGAACUUGGCGACGGCCCUGUCGAGAUCAUAUGUGACGGUGCUUGUGCUUCGGUUAUUUCAGGCUUUUGCGAUUUCUGGUCCUAUUCUUACGUUCGACCUGCCUCAUCAUAAUUAA